AGCGCUACGCUUUCCAGCAGCACGAUCAGUUGCACUUGUGAUGUUGAAGAAGUAGCGCCUAACAGUUGUCUAUCUAGAGGGGACAGAACGCUGCAAACCGAACAGAGAUUGACGCAAAGUGGACUACUCGACUGUUCCAGGGGAGAGCCCCGCAAAAAGGAGAAACUACUGGACUGUGUUGUUUUUUGUUUUUCGUUGAAGGAAGAAGAAGUGUCCAAGGUAGUCCAGACAACCCUCUGUUGCUGUGUUGUGUCUGCCUGCUCGCUCCGUACUGUCCAUAUCCACUCCCACCAAGGACGGAAUCGCGUCGUGAUCGAGAGUGCUGUGCGAACUGAAAACAAAAAAUAAAACAAGUCAGUGUCCUUUGAGCGUCGGUGAUUGCCGCAGGAAGGAAGAAAACCAAUUCGAACUAUUGCACUUCAAUUUUGGAUCCCACUAGAGUCAGGAAGUGUGUGCACUGUUUCGCAAGAUACUCUUCGUGCUUAUCAAAUUCAAACAACAAAGACAGCCAGUGUGCGCGGUCAACACUAAAGGGAAAUCUCUGUCCAAAAGUGAUUUUAGCUUUUAUCAGCACCGAAACUGUGAUCAUAGCUAAGUUGCUUUUAAUUUUAGCUCAGCAUAGCAACUACAAUUGCUGUACAGUGAAAAAGUUCCAAAAUCACUAGUUGAUUUGCUUAUCAGCAACUACCAACCAAUUAAGGGCCGUUAAGUUCACGCGCGAGUGACACUCCUUCGUCUGUUUGUGUGUUCGUUAUUGGACCUCUUCUUGCUGUUGUUACUGAUCGUCUACACGUGCUGGUCGCGUUUUGAAUGUGUACUUUGGAACUCUACUGGAUCGAUUUCAUAUUCAUCUUCAACAAGAACUGCUCAAAGUUAAUCGUACUGGUUUACUAUUGCAUCAUUCUGCUCUGCUGUCGAUUGAUCACCGAAGGCAAGCCUAACGAUGCGAUCAGUUCUGGGUAACCCUACCGGAACCCUGCUGAUGGUUCCAGUGCUAGCAACAUUAUUUUCGCUACUAGUGCAUCAAAUCAACGCUUCGCCUGUUCCUGUGCCAUCAAACGGUGGAAACAAUAACGGCGACAGUGAUGUGCUUCUGCACCACAUUACGCGAUCCCGGUAUUGCGGUCGAAAGCUAACGGAGACACUGGCGAUGCUCUGUCAGGGACGCUAUCCCAUGAUGAGCCACCAUCGAUCCGAAUACCUAUCAGAUCAACCCCAGCUACCAGUAGAAGUUGAGGUAGCAACCCUACCGAACAACGGUGCUCACGGGUUUCCCUAUCUGCGAUCCAAGGGCCACCGGAGGGUACGACGAGCAGGAAUCUACGAUGAAUGCUGCAAAAAGAGUUGUUCUUACAACGAGCUGAGGAGUUACUGCGAAUGAUCUACUAUUAGCAGCAAUGAGAAAACAAGAACGGACCAUUGAGUCCGACACUUUUUUUCCUCCAUCACUCGAACGAGUGACUGCGUGAGGAUUCUGCGGCGACGUAAAAGGAACCGCCCUGGUGGCAGGCUGUUUGGGUAUCUCAAGCGCAACGAUCACCACAAUUGGGCUAAUGUAUGAGCGAAUGUGCGAUAUAGAAGAAAUGUAUUUUGUUAUUCCGGAACAAAACAAAAACUUCAGCUUGUGAAUUGGUAGGAAACAACAAAUUUUCAAAUACAAGUACGAUUAUUCUUUGAACUGUACGUCAUCUGGCGAUCAAUGCAAUUCGCGGAUUCGUUAUAAUCAUGUAUACAAAAUGUGACUGAAGUAUUUUAAACACAAAACUAGAAACAAAUACAUAUAUUUAGGUCUCAAACAUGCAUUUCUGUGUUAGGGGACAAGGAACGGAAAACGGGCUUAAUUCGUUUGUAUACAUUGAAUAGAAAAUAUACUACUUUUUAGGAAUUCUUUCCUUGUUUCCUGAAUAAUCCCAUACUGUAUUUAUUAGAUUUCCUAUUCUAGAUAGAGCAUACUGCAAAACAGUCUAGUAAGUAAAUUAGUACGAUAAAUUCUAACGCAAGUGUAUGUUAUUCAACUGAUUUAUUUAUUAUUGCCCAUAUGUUAUGAGUUUAAUUUGUCUCGAACUGCUACCUAGAAACAUAAAUCUAACAGCAACUAAAGGCGAAAGGAGAUCCCACAUGUAUUGUUGUUAGUGGUUUUGAACAUAUUGAAGAUGCUAUUUUCUAUUAAAAAACUGUCUCCUUUGGCCUUCUGUACGAUAUAGAAAUUGAUCAAAUAUUAGAGUUUCAUUAUGUUCUGACAUGGCUUUGUGGCAGAAUAGCACCUAAGAUAUCAGCUUUUGUACCAAUUGUGAUUAUAAAGCUGCAACCAUACGGAAGAAGCAAAACUAAACAUGAAAUCAAAAUUAGGUAAUGUUUUCACAAUUAUAA